GGGCCGCGGGCGGCCGACCGGCUGGGGGUGGGGUCGGCACCGGGUCCAGCUCCCGGCUCCGCGGCCAUCGCUGCCUGCGUGGUCCCCUCGCUUCGCCGCUCCGCGCCCUCCCGGGCCCCGUGGAGCCGGGCGGCGUCGGCAGCCUCGCUCGGAGGGCACCGCGGCUUCAGGGGCUGGGCCUCUGGCCGGCGCAAUGCCGGGCGCCGCGACCGCUCCGUGAGUCCGAGGCCGUGGCCGUGGCGCUGGGCGGCGGCAGGGCCGGGCCGGUCCGCUCAUGGUGCCGCCACGACGCCUCCGCUGGGCAGGAAGGCCAGGUGCGUUGAGUUCCUCGCCGCCGUUUAGACUCAGAUCUGCCAGGUUUGCAGGCGCCGCUCUGGAGGACCUCGGCAAGGCCUGGAAGAGAAGACUGCAAAUGGUGUGUGUGUGUAUCAUGAACCGAAUGAGCGCCCAGAGCAGUGGCUUCACGCAGCGCCGGCGAAUGGCCCUGGGCAUCGUCAUUCUCCUCCUCGUGGAUGUGAUCUGGGUCGCAUCCUCAGAACUCACUUCGUAUGUUUUUACUCAGUACAAUAAACCAUUCUUCAGCACCUUUGCAAAAACAUCGAUGUUUGUUCUGUACCUUUUGGGCUUUAUUAUUUGGAAGCCAUGGAGACAACAGUGUACAAGAGGAUUUCGAGGAAAGCAUGCUGCUUUUUUUGCAGAUGCUGAAGGUUAUUUUGCUGCUUGCACAACAGAUACAACUAUGAAUAGCUCUUUGAGUGAACCUCUGUAUGUUCCUGUGAAAUUUCAUGAUCUUCCCAGUGAAAAACCUGAGAAUACAAAUAUUGAUACUGAAAAAACUCCCAAAAAGUCUCGUGUAAGGUUCAGUAAUAUCAUGGAGAUUCGACAGCUUCCAUCAAGCCAUGCAUUGGAAGCCAAGUUGUCUCGCAUGUCAUAUCCUACUGUGAAAGAACAAGAAUCCAUACUCAAAACUGUGGGGAAACUUACUGCAACUCAAGUAGCAAAAAUUAGUUUUUUUUUUUGCUUUGUGUGGUUUUUGGCAAAUUUGUCAUAUCAAGAAGCACUUUCAGACACACAAGUUGCCAUUGUUAACAUUUUGUCCUCAACUUCUGGACUUUUUACCUUAAUCCUUGCUGCAGUAUUUCCAAGUAACAGUGGAGAUAGAUUUACUCUUUCUAAAUUAUUAGCUGUAAUUUUAAGUAACAACUGUUAUUCUCAUAGCAUUGGAGGUGUUGUGCUGGUAAACCUGUCGGGGUCUGAAAAAUCUGCUGGAAGAAAUACGAUAGGUUCCAUUUGGUCUCUUGCUGGAGCCAUGCUCUAUGCUGUCUAUAUUGUUAUGAUUAAGAGAAAAGUAGACAGAGAAGAUAAGUUGGAUAUUCCGAUGUUCUUUGGUUUUGUAGGACUGUUUAAUCUGCUGCUCUUAUGGCCAGGUUUCUUUUUACUUCAUUAUACUGGAUUUGAGGACUUUGAAUUUCCCAAUAAAGUAGUAUUAAUGUGCAUUAUCAUUAAUGGCCUUAUUGGAACAGUUCUCUCAGAGUUCCUGUGGUUGUGGGGCUGCUUUCUUACCUCAUCAUUGAUAGGCACACUUGCACUAAGCCUUACAAUACCUCUGUCUAUAAUAGCUGACAUGUGUAUGCAAAAGGUGCAGUUUUCUUGGUUAUUUUUUGCAGGCGCUAUCCCUGUAUUUUUUUCAUUUUUUAUUGUAACUCUCCUAUGCCAUUAUAAUAAUUGGGAUCCUGUGAUGGUGGGAAUCAGAAGAAUUUUUGCCUUUAUAUGCAGAAAACAUCGAAUUCAGAGGGUUUCAGAAGACAGUGAACAGUGUGAGAGUCUUAUUCCUAUGCACAGUGUUGCUCAGGAGGAUGGAGCUAGCUAGCUGUUGUCAGUCAUCCAGCUUGACAAUGGAACAUUAUAUAGCGAAAAGACAAUCUCUGGCAAGGUUUUGGAGAAAAAUGUUUCAGUGCCUACUCUGAAAAAUAAUAUUUUCAGUUCUUUGGAACUCUAAAAUAUAUUUUCCUCAUAUUGGUGUUCUUCAUUUUCAUAAUGAAGUUCUUUGCUAUAUAGCUGUAUACACGUCACUACAGUUAUAGGAAGUUUCAGUCCACAGUCUGUCUAAAGGACCACCUGCCUUAUACAUCUCAAGGAAUUCAGCUGAUGAAAUAAUCUGAACUAAUCAAGGGAUAAAAUCCUAAUGUCUGGAGAUUUUAUCUUCACCUAUUAUUUGUUAAAUGCUGGACUGUAUUAUGAAAAUGUUUUCAAGAAAUUGUUUAGUAUGUAGAUCAAUGUUUGUAUAGGUAAAAUGCUAAAUUAAGCUGCCUAUAAUAGGUACAGAUUAUAUUUCUGAGUUUUGUAGAAUAUUGCAAAUUAACAAAAAAAAUGUUUAUGUGACAAGUAUAUUUACACAAAUUUGGUUAGACUUCAGAAGGAAUAUUUGAGAUAAGAUCUGGUUCACUUACACUACAUAUACUGUGUUAUCCUUUCAUAGCAUUAGGUGCCUUGUAUUUUAAAUCUGUGACAAACCAUGACAAAUUUUUAAAGGGGAAAUAGUGUAAAAUGAAGAAUCAUGUAUUUCUAAAGCCUGUAUUGCUGUAAAUUUAAUUGAUAAAGCUCUGCUUAAUUUAGAGUUUUGAAGAAAUAUUCUCUCUUCAAUUAAGACAUUUUCAUAAUGGAAUGACUUAAAUUGAAGUGAUAAAAGAGUAUUAUGAAAAUAAAGUGUUUAUAUAUAUGUGUGUAUUAUAUAUUUAUCAGUUGGUUUCUGAUUUUUUUUUCACAUAAAAAUGUGCCACAUUACUAUGGAACUGGAUGCCUCUUCUUUAUGUAAUUCUAGGUUUUUAAAAAAAUAAUUUUUAAUGGAUAAAAUACCAAAGAAGGAAGGCAAGAAAUUCAUAUUAAAUUACAUUUAAAAUGAAUCUACCAAGUUUAAAUUAAUUAUAAAAUACUCCUAAUUUUAACUCCUAUACUUAGGUCUUAUAUAUCCAUAUUGUGCAACUGUUCCUGGAUUCUCGUCAUUGUAGACAUUGGGAAUGAAAGUAUGUCUCAGGAUUCAUCCAGGCUUUUCAAGUUCAUUACUCUGCAAAAUUUCUUAUCAAUAUUUAAAAAAUUCCCUUUGCUAUGUUUAGCUUCAGUUUGUGUUAUUCACAUUCUUUUUAAAAAAUCUUUAUUGUUGAACAUACUACAUAUGUCCCCUUUUUUCCCAAUUGACCCCUUUAGCUUGCCCUACUCCAUGCCCCCCCCCCUCACCCCCCGGCCUUCACCACCCUAUUAUCUGUAUCCAUGGGUUAUGCAUAUAUGUAUACAAGUUCUUUGGUUGAUCACUCCCACCCACCCACCUUCCCACACCUUCCCUCUGAGAUUUCUCAAUCUGUUCCAUGCUUUCAUGUCUCUGGAUCCACUCUGUUCUUAAAAGUGCUUUAGUGUUACCAUGAGCCUAUAGUGGAGUUUAACCCUCUUUCUGCCUGUUCUGAGAACUCAUAUUAAUUUAAGAUUGUGUAUGAUACCACAUUUUAAAAACAGAUGACUGCUUUCCUAUUUGGUACCACCAAUAAUUCUUGUUAAGCUAAAAGUAAUACUGAUUUUGUUAGCUUGACACAAGGUUAAGGCAUGUAAAGAGUGGGGACUUCUAAGGAAUUUUCUCCUAAAAAGAACUUAGUGAAGUAACAUUUCAAUCACUCAAAGACUAAUUUUGGUUGAAGUUUAUUAUCUAGCCACCUCUGCUUUCUGUUUUUGCUGUUUGACAGUUCACCAAUACCUUCAGCAGUUUAGAGGGUGAGUAGUUGAAACUGGAAGUAACAUUUAAAUUUUAAUUUAUUUAAGUAGGAGAAGAGGUUGAACUUAGAAUUUUUGGUUCUUCAUGUGGCCUAUGUUCACGUCUUACAGAUCGCGUGUUCUCAGGAUUCGGGGAGUAUUAAGCCUUCUGUAACGUGCUGGAUAGAUCUUGAGGAGGACUUCUUGUAGGCAGCUGCUCAGCUGUUUUAUUAUCGAAGAACAACUGUAGAAGGAAGCACCAUUAAAUUGCUUAACUGAAGUAAGAAUUACUGCUGUUUGCUUGCCCACCUAUUGUUUUUCCUCUCAUGUUUUAUUUAUCUGACUGAUUUUGUAUUUGGUUACUGUACCUAGAGUGAGCAGCAACUGAGGACGACUUCCUGCACCUUUGUAGUUAAGGGUUCAUCUUCUCGAGAUAAAGUUGUGAUGGAGUACUUGCACUCUGUGAUUUCCCAGAAAUGUAGGCAUCAAGCCCUAGGAUCAUAGCAGCCACCUGGCAGGCCUCUGGAAAUGCUGGGGAUAUUGCAUCCUCUUUGAGCAGUUUUGGCUCAUGUUUAUGGUUUUCUGAAUCUAAAGAUACAAAGAGAGAUUCUAAUACCUCGUUGCAGUCUUCUUUUCUUCCCAUACAUAAUUUAAAUCUCAUUAUUAUGUAAUGCUUCGAAUUAUGCCCUUGACUGAAGGAAGUUCGCUGUUUUCUCAAAGACUUUCUGUUACUGAACAUUAGAAUCUCUACUAAAACAAAACUGAAAGAAAAGGCAGCCUUGGAAUUUCUUAGAUGAAUGCUUUUUGGAGCUUAGAAAGGCUAUUUAGAUGUAUGUAAUGCACCCAUUUUUAUUUUUUAAGUAAAUUUUGAUUUUUUUUAAAAGUUGAAAUAUUGGCUUUGAUCAGCCUGACUUAAUUAUAGAGUAAACCAAUUUCCCCUCUGAAAGCUGAUGAAUAAAGUUCAUUGUUGCUAUAGAUGUGAGCUCAUGGGUUAAAUGUGGAUAUUCUCAAAGGUGUAAGGCUUGUUUCAGGAAGAAUGUUAAUGCUCCCUUUGCAAUCAGUCAUGCAGAGCCCAAUUUGGGGUUGCGGAAUAUGACUUCAGUGGAAGCUAAGGUUUUUCGUAAUGCACUGUGGUCAGGUCUAGCACAAAUUCUCUGUGUGCUGGUUGAAGAAACACAAUUUAAAGACAAUAAACUAGGAAUUAAUUAGAAAUUUUUUUUUUUCAUAAUCAUACCAGCAAAUAAAUAAAAUGUUAUUUUAAGUAUUUCCAGUUGUAAUCCUGCUUCAUUUCUCUCUGCUUUUGAGAUAUUCUUUAUUACUAAAUACUAUUUUAGGAAAAAUUCACAGAAAUAACAGAUGAAUAUUAUCUGUGAUAUCUGCAGAUUUAACUUAUAUAGCUAACAUAUUGUGUGCUGGUUUUUUAACAAUGACAUGACAUAUAUGAGCAUUUCAGUUUACAGAAUUUGAAGUUCUCCUGUAAUGUUUGUUAAGUAUCCAAACUUCCAUUUAGAUAACUGAGGUACCUUUUUAGAGUUACAAUAGUUAGACCCACAUUUCCUUCUUUUUAUGGUAUUAGCCUCAUGCAUCUGUACCAAAAUUUAUAAUACAGGGUUUCAUAGUUUGUGUACUGAGAUAUUUCCUAUAUUAACAUUUUAUAGUAUAUUCUUAAUCUCCUUUGGCUAGUGAAUUAAAGCUGAAUUUGUCUAAUAUCA